CUUCAAAGCACUGCCAAGAAGAGAAAUACAAGCUUCUAUAAUUUAUUCGGACUUAAGUCUCCCGGUCCAAUAUCAACUGCCUCUACAAGUUUCAAUAUCUCAAGUUCCUAUCAACAACUCAAGGCCAACGUCAUGGCGGCGAAAGACGAUGAAGAUUACCUACUCGGUCAACACGGACGAGAAGUUGAACGUUUGCAAAAACAGCAUAGAUGGAUUCAGUCCUGUCUGAAGGGGAAGAUUGUCUUCGCGCCUGUUGAACUUGACAAGUCCGGCCUCAGAGUUCUGGACGUGGGAUGUGCUGAUGGAACCCUGCUCCGUGACCUUCAGAAACAGGUCUCGCCCUCUGCACAGCUAGUAGGAUCCGACAUCAUGAGCCCAUUCCUACCUACAUCGCCGCAAGGCAACAUUCGAUAUGUUCAGGCCGAUAUUUGCGAGCCUCCUGCAAGUGAUUUAGCUGGGUCAUUCGAUUUCACACACGUUCGAUGUUUUGGCCGGGUGCGCUCGCGAACACUGGCACCAGGAGGAUGGCUUCAAAUUCAAGAGAUGAACGUGGACCCAAACAGGCCUGGUGCAGGCCCAGCGUGGCAGGAUGUCAAUAGCAUCUUGUCUGGCAUGUUCGCCAAGAUCGGCAUGGGAUCUCAAUUCACUUUACUGAUUGGCGAUUCGAUGAAGAAGGCCGGCCUGACGAACGUGUCAGUUGAGACUGUUGAUCUGCCCAUGGGGAAAUCGAUUGAGGGCGAGCAGCAGCAGAAAGACUCGAUCGAGCCUUUCAAGAUUACUAUCCCAGUCGUAUCGCAAGCUGCAAAAGGACUCGGUGUUGAGCUACCGGAAUCAACUUAUGAUCGUUUGCCUGAGAGAUUUGAGGACGAAGCCAUGAAGCAAGGUGUUGUGUUUCGAUCCUUGGUCAUUGUUGGACAGAAGCCAGUG